UCGUUUUCAAACAGGUGUCUGGUUGCCAGUCGCAUCCGAGCAGGCAACCGAUGACCUAGACAUCGUGUCGAAUUCAUCUUUUUUUUAUUUUAUUUUUCUUCUUCUCUUUUUGGGCGAUUAUUUUUUGUUAAACGUUGCGCCGCGCCUCACGUGUGUCUGUCACAGCCCAGCACGGUCGUAGCAGAGAGAGAGAGAAAGUUGAAUCGAUCCCCAUAGUGAUCUCUUCCUAUAGAGUGGGCCUUUUUUCUUUCUCAGUUACUGCCAGCAGCAGCUCCAAUACGUAAAUUCUUCAGCUCAAGUUGUUGCAGCAGUCGCAGUUUGAACGCGGUCGCGAUAGGAAGGGACGGAAUCCUUCUUCCACCUUUAUAUUAUUAUUUCAUUCCGUCUGCCGUCAAAAGAACAUGAGGACACCAUGAAACGCUUAGUCUGCCGAGAAAUGUUUGCGCGUCGUUGGCUCUUAACCUUGUUCAUGCUCGUCUGGUCUGGUCUGUUUAUUGUCUGCAAUCACGCAUUGGCCUGGGGUAAAGACGAUCCCGAAGGAAAAGUGAAGAACGCUAGGAAAUAUUAUUCCGAGUACGAUUUUAUUGUGGUGGGAGCGGGAUCGGCUGGGGCCGUGCUGGCUUCGCGGUUGUCUGAGAUUGGCGACUGGACGGUGCUGUUGCUAGAGGCCGGGGGUGAUGAAACGAUUUGGUCGGAUGUCCCUGGAGCCGCCAAGUAUCAGCAACUCACUGAAUUGGAUUGGCAAUUUCAGACGGAGCCGCAACCGGGCCAAUGUUUGGCUUUGAAAGACCAUAGAUGCAAAUGGCCACGAGGCAAAGUGCUUGGCGGUUCAUCCGUCCUUAAUUACAUGUUGUACGUGCGAGGCAACCGGCGGGAUUACGAUAGUUGGGCGGCCAUGGGCAACUACGGGUGGUCGUAUAACGAAGUCCUGCCCUAUUUUAUCAAGUCGGAGGACAACCGCAAUCCUUACUUUGCCCAGAGCCCCUACCAUGGAACUGGCGGGCUGUUAACUAUCCAGGAAGCGCCUUAUCGCACUCCCCUGGCCUCUGCUUUCCUAGAGGCUGGCAUCGAAUUAGGUUACGAGAAUCGGGACUGUAAUGGCAAGUACCAAACAGGAUUCAUGAUCCCACAAGGGACAAUUCGAAGAGGAAGUCGUUGCUCAACGGCCAAGGCAUUUCUGCGUCCGGUCCGGCACCGGCCGAACCUUCACGUUGCCAUGUUUGCUCACGUCCACCGGGUUGUGAUCGAUCCGAAACUUCGUCGAGCUGUCGGCGUCGUUUUCCAGCGCAAGAAGAAAGUCUACGAAAUUCUCGCUCGCAAAGAAGUGAUUUUGGCGGCAGGUGCCAUCGGCAGUCCUCAUUUGCUGCUCUUGAGUGGCGUCGGAGACGCCCAUCACUUGCAACGGACUGGCAUUCCUGUUGUCCACCAUUUGCCCGGCGUGGGUCGCAACCUACAAGACCAUAUAUCCGGCAGAGGAAUGGUUUAUCUAAUCAACGAGACCAUCUCGUUGGUUGAGCCUCGCUUCUUUAAUCUUCCGUCUCUACUCAAAUACAAACGGUCACUUGACGGUCCGUGGACGGCCCUGAGCGGCACAGAAGGACUGGCCUGGGUCAACACAAAAUACGCCGAUCCAAAUGACGACUUUCCAGACAUGCAGCUGCAAUUUAUUGCUGGUUCACCGAUAUCAGAUGGCGGCAAGACGUUACGUCACAACGACGGCAUUCGAGAUGAUGUGUGGGACGAAUACUACGAACCUAUUUCUCUCGAGGACAGUUGGCAGCCCAUUCCCAUAGUUUUGCGACCCAGAUCCAAGGGCUACAUACUCCUUCGCUCUAGCGACCCAUACGAUAAGCCGCUCAUUUACGCCAACUACUUUCAAGACGAACACGAUUUGAAAGUGAUGAUUGAAGGGAUGAAGAUCGGACUGGCGCUGAGUCAGACGACAGCCUUCCAGCGCUUCGGGUCACGUUUUUACGACAAACCUUUCCCCGGAUGUCAACACUUGCCGCUGUUUACGGACGAAUACUGGGGUUGCUUCUUGCGUCACUAUUCGACGACACUCUACCACCAAGCUGGAACAUGCAAGAUGGGCAACAGUUCCGACCCAACGGCUGUGGUUGAUCCUGAGUUGCGCGUUUACGGAUUGGCCGGAUUGCGAGUUGUGGAUGCUUCGAUUAUGCCAAACGUGGUUUCUGGAAAUACCAACGCUCCUGUGAUCAUGAUAGCGGAGAAAGCUGCCGAUCUCAUUAAGCGUUCGUGGCUGGGCUAUUCAUAAUUACGGUGGCGUCUACAUGAGUAAAAGCACUUUAAGAGCUGUUCACAAAAAAAAAACUUGAAUUUGUGUGAGAUAUUCUAUCGUUUUCAAUCAUUCUUUUAAAGGGGACUGUUUUGUUCUUUUUAUAGUAUUUAAAGCAGAGCAUGUUUUUGAUUAUGACUAAAUAACUAACUGGGCCACAGUUCUGUACAUAUUGAUUUUUAAAAAUAGACUAUUAUAUAUGAUGAUAA